UUUCAAUAUAAUUAAUUUAUUAAAAAUGGAACUAAAAUUUAAUGACUGUGAGUCACAUGUGUUUAUGUUUUGUUACGUUGUCUGUAGGUGGACAUUGAUAAACUGUCUCACACACACCUUUUUCGCGUACAAAAACGUAAAUUUCAUACUUGAGUUCAUUGCUUUAAUUUACCACAACUUCGGAAUGUACGUACCAUUAUAUGAUGAGUUUAUGGUUAAGGCGGUAGGCCUACAAAAAUGAACCACGUCAGAUUAAAUACAGAAGUCACUGAAUUGGAAGGCUGAUUGCCUCCCUUGAAUGGUUUGACUCGCCGAACACACACGCAAGAAGAUCGGGAGAAUUCAAUUCUGCAAGUUGAAUUGAUAUGAUAGCUAGGCAUGUAAAUGACAAACAUUUUUCUCGUCAAAAUCGUUAAAUCAAGAAGAGCUAGCUUUGUCAGCGGUGGACUCAGUGUUUUAAGUACUUUUUUCAGGGAGAGAGACACUUUUAAAACAGGAUUUUAUAUUAAAAAGAGUUGUAAAUUUUUAAGUUUAACAGUGUUAUAAUAUUUGUGUAAGGAUUUAGAAAGAAUGGCUUUUGUUAAUGUUCAGUGGUUGGAAAAAAUAAUCAUAUUUGUUGAGGUUAAUUAUAAAACGCCCUGAGAAAGAGGAAAAACUAGAUUACGGAUGUAUGAAUGAAUACAUUUUGUAUCUGAAAGGUUGAUUUUAGAUUUGCUUAAGGACAUGUUGGCAACAUAUGUUAAGCUUUUUGUUUUUUGUAUGUCAUAUAAAGUAGGAUCCGUGGCAAAAAUGUUGUACAAAGACAAUUUUAAAAUCAAACUACUAAGAAUUUGUAGUGAGUAAAAUAGAUUAUAAUGUUUAAGAGCUUCUAAGCCUUCUAUGAAAAAGAAUGUGAAAAAGUAUCGGAAAUGACUAAAACGUUUUCAUAAAUUUGUAACAAGCAAAGGAAGUAUUACUAUUCAACUGUAAGCCUGGAGCGGAUGUAGAGUCAAAACUACUUGUUAGAGAUGUUAUAAGGUCGCCUAUUGAUAAUCUUCGUAAAAACGUUUGACAAAAGUUGCAUUGAUGUAUCGGAAUUUAAUGUUAUGAAAAUAUCUCGAUUUUAUAUCUUAAGGAUGAGAUUCGAAAAGAGCGAUUGUUGCGGAAGAGGAGGGAACUUCGCAAGGCCACGCCAGAAAAAAUGGCCGCCCUGAGACAGAAGUUCUUAAACCAGGCGAAAAAGUAUUACGGUUACCCCUACGCAAAAAAGUACUGGGCCCCUGAUUCACCGGAAUACAAGUCCAAACUCUUCCUCGAUUGUUGUGGGUUGGUUCGAAAGGUGAUGCGGGAUCUGGUUGAUGAUUUUGGCUUCAUUAUGGGGCCGUGGAACCAGGCGUACAUGUUCGACACAUUGCCGAUCAAUGUUCCGAGCAAAAAGGAGAUGAAACCUGGAGAUCUUGUCUUUGUGUCGGCGAUUUACUACAAUCCUAAAUCAAAGAAGCAGCGCCACAACAUGACACACGUAGAAAUAUGGGCGGGAGAGGGGAACAAAACAGUCGGCGCUCGCUGGAAUAACGGCAAAGUACAGUUAUUUGACAGCUACAAGUUCACCGCGAAAAGCUAUCACAGCGAGACGUACCACUUCAAGAGUAUCGAUACAUGGUUGCGUGGAAUUUGUAAAAGUUUCUGUCCCCAACACAGAUGGAAGCUAGCAAAGUAUAACCCCAAGAAGAAAUCAAUCUUUGCAGUUCCUGAAGAAAUCGGACAAGCAGACCAAGCGGCAGGAGAUGAUGAUGACAAUGUGGACAACUUCUUGGUGAGAGGAAAUACCUUCUGUCAAGACGUUAAAGAGGUUAAGACGAUGGUAGAUAAGGUCAGAGCUCAGGAACUUAAAAGGCCAAAGACAGAGAUGGAUUUGCCAACCCUAUGUAUGAGUGGAUCGGCAAAUAGUCUUGAUUCUGUUGGUGCAACACCAAGGAGCCUGUUUCCACCUAUAACUAAUGAUAUGAAGAACAUGAAAGCUUGGAACCAAAAUGGAGCAGAUACAAAGGGGAAAAAUGAUUGUGAAGGUGAUGUUGGUGCAAGGAAUUUGAAAGAAACUAAUGGUAAAACUUGUCUUUCUCUUGAUAGAAGUUUAACUGAUCUUGGAAAGAAGGGGUUUUAUUUGAAAGACUUAGUUGAUACUCAGAAAGAUGCAGAGUAUGGUACAGCCUUUGAUGAAGAUGAUGAGGAUGAUUUUGAAGAAGCUGAUGAUGACUUGAGUGACGAUGAUGCCUAUCUAGCUGAUGAAACAGAUGAAAAUGAAGGAAAUGCUGUUGAAGAUGAUAAUAAAAAUGAUUAUAGUGCAGCUCAGGAAAUGCAAAACAAGUCUGAAAAUGUCAAAGAUGAUGAAUUUGAAACAGCUGAUAAAUAUAGUAGACAGACCCAAGAACAGAGCAAACCUGGUGCAAGAGAAGCUAAUAAAAAGGUCCAAAGUAGUGAAGAAAUCAUUGGUCAAGCCAAUGUCAAUGACAUUUUGAAAGGCCCGAGAAUGGAAAAUGAGGUUGGUGAUCUUGCAGAGAUUUCUAACAACCACACAGAGGAGAAUAUUUUAAGUUCUCUGAAAAAUUUGAACAUCAAUGAAAAUGCCAAUACAAAUCCGGAGUCAAAUGAACGAGAAAAGCCAGACUCGGCAAAAGUAAAAAGACCACCACCUGAGGUCAUUAAAAGGGAAACAAUUCAAACAAAAGGAACAAGUGGUUCUAGCCAGGGUGAAAAACUUGUUAAGACAAAAGGUGCAGCAAGGUCACCUUCAGUUGAACUUGAGUUGUCUUCCAGUUAUGAAGGUGUUGCCAUAGAAACCAGGGAAAGCUGUUCUUGUAUAGAGAGUGGAAGCGUAGGAACAAACAAGGGAGCGAAUUCUCAAGGUGCUACAGUUCAAAAGUUGUUUGAAUAUUAACAAGACUGUUCAUGAGAUAUGUUCCAUUCUGUUAAAUUGUUUUUGUGGUAAUGGCAUUCUGUGUUAUGUUUUUUCUUGUUAUUUCAGUGAUGCAUUUUGUCUCUGAAGAUGUUUUAUUUGACAAAUUUAGCCAUAUAGUGUACAUGUACAUUAGGGCUUAUCAGUUAUCAACGAGCACAUCAGACAAAGGAUUUUUUUUUAAUUCUUUGCUCUUGGUUAUAAAUGACAAAUAUUUUGAAAAAACAUAUUUUCGAAGGAAAUACUAGUCUAGGUUAAAUAAGAUUUACCAGUUAAUAUUUGAAUUACGGUAUAUUUCUGAUUCGUGGUUUAAAGUAAUCAAUUAAAAUCCACGAAAUUACAAAUUUUGUUGUACGCUGGUUGAUAUGAUGCCCCCAAAUCUAUUGAUUGCCUAAUUUAUAGGCCCUUAUUUCUCAUGUGAAUAUUUUGCCAUUUCUGUACUCAACCAACAAUAUAUAUUAUAGGAUGUUUUUUUCUACAUAUUAAUGUUUGCUUUUUUAAUAAUUAUGCUCAGUAUUAUAGGAUUUUAGCAUUUUAUAUUGUCGUUUGUUUUCAAAAGAUAUUGCUAAUCUAUGUAAUUUAUCACAUUGAAAAUAGAUAUUUUGUAUUUAUGUAAGUUUAACAUGUAUAGAUGAUGACAGAGCAUUUUGCCAAAAAUGUGACCGAUUGUAGAUCUGCAUUUAAUGGCUUUUUUACACAUAUUUAAUGGCUAAAUUUGGAGUUUUUGGUUGUAUUGUUAUAUGUUGAUUUGUUAUAUUUGUUUUUGUUUGGGAGGUAAGGAAAAUCUUAAUGAAUUAACUUAUAUCAGCCAUUUGUGAAUAUCAUUUUUGUGUAACCCUCUGGCGAUAAUUCUUCGACGAAAGUAUAUUUUAAUCAAUUGCAUUCAUAAUCUAACGAAUGUGACAUUAUCCUUAUGAAAUAACUGAUAUUAUGUAAACUUUUUAUGAAUAUCUUUAUACUUUCACCUUGUGGCGAUAUUCUUUCGGUGAAACGUAUAUUUUUAUCAACAUCUAACGCUAGCUUCAAAAGUGAUUCAUUGGUUAAAGGAUAAAUGUGAAGCUGAUAAAAAUUGCAUUUUAGUUUGAAUAUCCCAUAGGAAUUUUAAAAAAAAUAGGGUCAUUAUAAGAACGGAAUAUUUUAUCAUUGGUCGAAUGCUGAAUGUGACGCUGAUUAAAAAUGUAACAUCAUUAAGAUACUGCCGCUGUUCAAACAAGCAAUUGAAACAUUUUUUAAAUGUCUGUAACACAUUUUGGUUUGCAUAUCCCAUAGAAAUUUUUAAAAUAAGAUCGAGGGUAAUUAUAAGAACAGAACUUUUUAGACACGUGGUUCAUCUGUGUUUGAUGACAUGUCAUAGGUCAGUGCAUUGAAUAACCAUAAAGUUAAACUUUUCUUAGGACUUCAAAUCGGCCAGGUAUUGACCAAGUGCGUUCAUUCACAGUUGAAUAGCAAAACUGAAAUGUUCAAUCGCUGAAAAGAUAUAAUUUCAAAUUUCUAUUUUAAACAUUAUUGUAUUUUUUUUUACAUUUUUUAAACUUGAUAUAUUCUGAAGAAAAAAAAGCCAGAUUAUGUCCGAUUAUUAAUUUAAAAAAGCUUUUAAACUUUUUUUUUUUACGAUUUAAAUCCAUUUUUAUAUCAGAUUGAUCUACAUAUACUUUGCAUUGUUUAUUUUAUUUUCUGUGAUGCUUUAAAAGGUAAUAGACUGUGAUAAUGUCUCACCAUUCCGUCCAUAUUAUUUAUAAUUUCCAUAUUUAUACUUUUCAUUCAAAUAUCAAUAAGUAAAUUGAUUAUAAGUGGUAGAGAGCAUUGAUUUUUUUCCCUUGUGAAGACCACUUUUGUGGUUUCUUUUUUUAAGACAGAAUUUUAAUCUAUUCAUAAUGGUAAUUGUAGGUUAAACGUGCAUUUUUUUUUUUCCUGAGAUACGUUGGGAGAUAAUAGGACCUUACUCACCUUCGGAACAAUAAGUUUAUGAUAUUAAAAUAACAGUUAACAUGUCCAUUUCACCCUUUCCAUGGUGGGGGAAAUGAAAAAGGGUUAUUACUUCUGCAUUUUGAUCCAGUAGUUUGUAUUAGACUCGAGUGUUUUAACAUUUGGAUUUCACGAGGCACUAGCCAAGGGAAAUCAAAAUCUGCAAAAAUCGACAAGAGUCAAAUAUGAGAUCCGAAUCAAAACGCAGUACUAUUAAAAUGACCCUUGUAUUAUAUACAGAACUGGGUUAGAUUACACAAAAGACACAAUCAUAAUAAAUUUAAUUUUUAUAACUCAUUAUUUUGUUUUAUGUAGUAAUUUUAAAAAAGCACAUUUAAUGAUACUUGUUUUUGGCGAGAUGUCAGCAGCGAGCUGCAAGUGGAAUUAAUGUUACAGCCGUAUUGCACUGGAGACUAAUUUGGACUACCUUAUUUUGCGAUAUUAUUGAAUUUGAAUUUAUGAUUGGUGUAAAAAUAAAUAAAAAAUAAUAGUUCUUCCCUUAAAUCUUUUGGUAUGGAGUUUUUUGGGGUGGUUUGGAGAAAUAUAACUGUGUGUACUGGGAAUAGCUUUUCAAAAACAUUUAUAAGAAUGAUAAAAUUUAUCAAUAUUUGAUGAAUGCAGACAAGACAGGAAGGCAUCAUACUUAUAUAUUUAUUUUAAAUUUCCUUUAAUUUAAGCUAGAAAAUAUAGAAUAUCACCACUUACAAUUAAAGUGAUUAAAGGUGUCUUACAGUAAAUUUAAACUCGACAUAAAUAUGGGUAAAUGCAGGUUGUUAAAAUUUCAGGUAUUAUUUUAUCAAAAGAAAUAUGAAAGAAAUUCUGAACAUGAUUCUUAGUAAAAUAUUUAAUUACCAUUCCUAAAAUUUGAUUUAGAAAUUUGAUAAAAAAAUUGCAGAUUCGUCUAUACAGGGCAAUACUUACACGGUAUAAAUUUGGUUUAGCCUCUGCAGGAAACAAAACAAAUGCAAACAUACCUGCACUUGCCUUCUAUAAAUAUAUUUCUAAAAAUGAUUUUACCAUUUCUGGUCGAUUUAUUGACACCUAUGGAAUAGCUGUUAGUGCAGUAUGUGUGAUAUUUGUUUGGGUAAAAGGUGAAUGAAAUAAAAUUGAAAUAUA